UUUGAUGCGGACAUCCAAAUCAAACCAAACCGGGAGUAUACCAAACCAACCGGUACAUGUAUCAAACCGGUUGAUAUGGAGCAUUUUGGAGGAUUCUUGCCCAAAUGGAGUCAUAAUCAAACACAAGACCUAGGGUUAAUUAUUCACCAGCAAAUUAACCCUAAGAAGACUAAUGAUGGUUCAAGAGGAAUCAAAGACCAGCGAGCCGAAUCACCAUGUUAUGGGAAUUUGACCGUUGCACUCUUUUUCCCUUAUCUAGGGUUUGUCCCAAUGGGUUUACCUAGAAAGGUUUUUAACGAGGCAACAUCAAGUCAUCAAGGAAUCAUUUACCAAGCAAUUGAUUCGAAGAUGUUACAAGUACAUAUAGCUGAUGUACUUGCUGACAGACCGACUGCACUACUUGCUGAACUACUCGCUGAACUACUUUCUGAAGUACUGCGUCAAAUGAAGCCAAACAAGGAAAUCUUCCUUAUUCUACACUUGGACGCACCUCAAAGCUACACAUGGAAACUAGGAGAACAUCUAGGCUACACAAGACAUGUACCACACAAACUUUGGUACACCUUACCACACAAGAACCCGCGGAGUUAUUACUUGCCAUAUAUGGAGCCGAAGGAGAUCAACUUGCAACAACUCUUUCCUUCUUUGUUUGUGCGCUUGUGUGAGAAUCUUGAGACCCUCCAGAAGCUUCCAAGACGUCACAACUUCCUCCCCAAGUUGACAAGAUACAAGGUACACCUCACUUGCCUUACUUGGACCGAUUUUACAUUUAAUGUCCAAUAUUUUCAUUAAUGUUUUGUUUCUUUCUAUGAAGUCUUAGAACGUUGUACUCAGCCCUAUAUAAGCUGAUCAUUAGUCUCAUUGUAAAUCACCCUUGAUCAUUUUAAAGUAAUA